CGCACGACGUCUACGUGCGACGUCACGGCGCGCAGGAAUGGCGGCGUUGGCCGUUAGGGGAAGGAACCCGAGGAGCUUGAAACUUUAUUGCUAAUGUCGUCUGCGGGAUUAUAGGAAAAAGUUAGCAAAAAAGGAGUCGAUCCUCCCUGCAGUGACGGAGAGGAGCCGCACGGAACCCACCUGAGCCCCGGGAGGCGUGUGGUGCGCCCGUCGGGAGUCGUGCAGUUCACUUUUUGUGCUGCUUUUGCUGCUAGUCGCUACCUACUUAGCUAAAUGUAGCAGAUUACUGCUAGCUAGCUAAGGUUAGCCGUGCAGGAGUUGGAGAGCGGGUGGUAUAUCCAUUUUUAAAACUUCUAGAUUUUUGGGAAAGAACAAGACAGCUUGAGGAAAUUAGUCUGUUGAAAUAGCUAACAUCAGCAAGCAGCGUGCUCCGUCUCGCCCUCCUCCUGGCCAUUAGCACGGACGGUUGGUUUAGCUGUAGCCGCUAAGCUAGCCCGUUAGCGCCAACUGCCAAGCAGCUCUUGCACCACAAUGGAAACUUUAACCCUGAGCGACGUGGAGCAGAAAUACUACUCGGAUUUAUUCGUGUACUGCGACACAGACAACACGAAGAAAGUAGCCUCCAAUGGCCGAGUUCGGGAAAUUUUCCGAGCAGCCCAGUUACCUGCAGAGGUGAUUCUACAGAUCACCGAACUCUGCGGGGCCACACGGUUGGGACAUUUCGGACGUAGUCAGUUCUACAUUGCGCUGAAGCUCAUAGCGGUGGCUCAGUCCGGACUGCCCUUGCGUGUGGAAAGCCUAAACACGGUGAAGGACCUCCCUUUGCCUCGAUUUACGGUGGGCAAGAACGAGCAGGAGGCGAGGCAUGCAGCCGUCUACUCGGACUCGGAGAACCAGGGGCCUUACUCUGGUGUCAUCCCACGACCUCCGGGAAGGGGCCAUGUCAAAAAGCCGCCACCGCUUGACACCGUCCAGCCGUGUGUUCCCACAGCCGACGCGCAGCCUGACACCACAUCCCCAGUGGUGUCGCCCAGCCAGUCUCCACCCACCUCCCCCCACAGUUGGAGAAAACACAAGCGACAGGCUAGCGGUGGGAAUUCGGAGCGACCACCUGUCGUAGCCGGUGCUGUCUGGACCCCGUUUGGGGAAACACAGUCAGCACCGGUAUCAGGCGAUGGCAUGUGGUCUCCUCCAGUGCAGGAGAGCUGGGUCAGUUUUACAGACACACCCCCUGCCAGCACAAUCCCUACCAUGCACCCUUCCUCAAUCCAGGAGAGCACAACAAUACGCACCGUGGCUUCUGCCACCACAGCAAACGAAAUCCAAAGACAAUCCAGCAACUAUGACGACCCCUGGAAAAUCACUGAAGAGCAAAGGCAGUAUUAUAUUAAUCAGUUCAAAACCAUUCAGCCCGAUCUAAACGGUUUAAUCCCUGGCUCUGCAGCAAAGGAGUUCUUCACUAAAUCCAAAUUGCCAAUUCUUGAACUUUCACACAUUUGGGAGUUGUCAGAUUUCGACAAAGAUGGCGCGCUAACACUGGACGAGUUCUGCGCGGCGUUCCACCUGGUGGUAGCGAGGAAAAAUGGCUACGAUCUUCCAGAGAAGCUACCAGAAAGCUUGAUGCCCAAGCUCAUCGACCUGGAUGACUCAGCAGAAGUCCCAGACCAGGCCCAGGAGGUUGGCUUCCCCAGUUCUCCUGUGGAGGUGACCUCCAAUAAGUCCCCAUCGAUGCCCUCGCUGAACCAGACCUGGCCUGAACUGAACCAGAGCAACGAGCAGUGGGAGACGUUUAGCGAACGCUCUUCCAGUUCACAAACUCUGACCCAGUUCGAUUCUAACAUUGCACCAGCUGACCCUGACACGGCAAUCGUGCACCCAGUUCCUAUCCGCAUGACCCCGAGCAAGAUCCACAUGCAGGAGAUGGAGCUGAAGAGGACAGGAAGCGACCACACACAUCCCACAAGCCCACUGAUGGUGAAACCUCCAGAGCUUUCAGAAGACAACAAGCUGCCUGCUUCCAUUAAGUUUGUAGCUGGUAAUACCGUAGGUGAUGGUUACAGUAGCUCUGAUUCGUUUACUUCGGAUCAAGAACCAAUUUCGGGUGUUGUAACGCGCCAAAGGUCUCAUUCCGGUACAUCCCCGGAAGGGCUGAAAGCGGUGGCUCCGGCUCCGCCUCCGCCCCCGCCCAGGCCACAGGCUUCCCACUCACGCUCCUCCUCCCUGGACAUGAACCGGAGCUUUGCAGCUGUGCCUGCAGGACAGCAGCAACCUGGAGUUGUGGCUUACGCCCCAGCUGUGCCACCCCGACCACAACCUGCACAGGCAUCGGGCUCCCACGGUCACCGCUCCACAGAUGGUGAUGCUCUUGGCCCGCAUGCCAGCACCUCGCCUCAGAAGAUCCCCGAACAGCCCAACUUCGCCGAUUUCAGCCACUUCCAAGCAUUUGCCAGCGAACAGCCCCCUGACGAUGCAGACAAGCACGGCGAGGUUCCUCAGGCCGAGAAGGCGAGUGAUCCGACAUGUUCACUGAGGACCCCAAAGGUGGACCCCCAGUCAGAGGAGAGGACUCCAGCCACUGUGAACUCGACCAAAGGAGCAACACCCCUGGCACCCCCACCGAAGAAGCCUAUUCGCCGGAGGUUAAAAUCAGAAGAUGAGCUACGACCUGACGUGGAGGAGCACACGCAGAAGUCCAGUGUUGGUGCUGGAGUGCUCACCACGCAGCUCUCUAUCCCCAGGUCAGUUGGAAAGGAUAAGAAGGCUAUUCAAGCCUCCAUCAGAAGAAACAAAGAAACAAACACAGUUUUAGCAAGGCUUAAUAGUGAAUUACAACAGCAGUUGAAGGACUUGCUUGAAGAGAGGAUAUCAUUGGAAGUUCAACUGGAGCAGCUGAGACCGUUUUCGCACCUGUAACUUGUGUAUGACACACCCAUCCAAAUCUGCUUUCGGGUCGGCCCUGACCUCCGGUGGGAUGCCUCUGCCUCUGCCUCUGCUCUUCCUCUCCUCACAGCUGGUUACCCUAGGAGGGUUUGGGAUAGAUCGCAAAGUGAGGCGCUUUUAUUUCACGUGGGUACAUGUGACAUUUGUCUGCUACCCUCCUCCCCUUUGAACCUCCUUGAAGCACACGCUUAACUUACUGCAGCAGGACUCAAACUGGAAAUUGCCACAUGCACCCCUACCCCUCGUACCAACACCUACUGUGGUAAGUUUUAGAUUGAUGGAGGUCCAUUUUGUCCACUGUGAUGGCCAAGGGCAGAGGGGGAGCCCCGGAGACAUGCCAUGGUAUCUGGGAAUGGUUCGCCUGAGUUUAUGUCCAAUGUGGACAAUUCUCUAUCCUUCCCACCUAUAACAUCAUACAAUAAGCUUCAGCUUUUGUGUAUUUCUGUUUUCCUUUCUUCCCUUGAUCUUUUAUUCCUCAGCAGUCCUCACAGGAUGAGUUGUCAGCCAUGCACAGCACACGACCCGAGACAAACACACCCCCAUCCCCAAUGCACACACUGCCUGACCCUCAUACAGUGCUUGAUCUGAACCAGUCCUGCUCUAAAGCUUCCCUGCCUCCACACGAUAACUGUGUAAGAAGUGAAACCUGAAAUGGAACUAGCGCACUUUCUCCCUAACUGCCCCCACACCUUCGUUCCUGGACACCAUUUCAGUCUGCAUGUUGUUAAUGUUCUUAAGUAUGACGGCUCUUUAAAAAAAAAAAAAACAAACCACUUGAUUUGUAUUUGUGUAUUCUAUCUAAUAAGAAUUCAUUUAUGUUGAAGACUAAAUGUGUAUUAAUGCCCCCCCACCCCUCCCAUCUGUCCACUAUCUUAGCCUUAUUCCUGGCAUUCAGGUUUUCACAUUAAUAUAUUUUCCCUGUUUUGAAGGAAGGUGAAUCUUUUUCCUGCUGUUCAGGUUGAUGUACUGUAUAAGGGGUAUGUUGUAUAUUGUAUGAUACACACCUUUGAUCUCAUAUGUAAAUUUGCAUUAAUUGCUGACUAACAGCAAAUAUAUUUAAUUGCUUAUAUUAUGGCUGUGGGAUCAUAGAUGUUUAACUGCAUGGAUGUGUCUCUGCAGAAUGAACUAGCCGCUGUGUGAUUUUUACGCAAAAAAAUAAUAAAAACAGCACAAUAUUUUAAUGGCCUCUUUCAUAAUUCCCGACAGCCUGUUUGUCAAGCAGUCAUAAUGAACUAGCAGACAUGCUAUUAAAAUUAUUUUCCAGCAUUUUGAUACUUGAUGGUAAUA